ACGACACUCCCCCCCCCCUCCCUCCAGUCUCCUCUCUCUGUUUUCCUCUCCAACUUUUUUCCUCCUCUCCUCCGGGGCGCAGAGAAGAAGCCAAACAUUUCCUCGUCUCGUUAUUGUCCUGAAUCUCAACCUCCGCCAUGUCUCCGCCGUCUCGGCGGCUUCAGACGAAGCCAGUGAUCACCUGCCUGAAAACCUUCCUCAUCUCUUACAGCCUCAUUUUCUGGUUCACAGGCGUGAUCCUGCUGGCGGUCGGGGUGUGGGGGAAGGUGAGCCUCGAGGCCUAUCUCUCCCUGGCUUCUGAGGAGAGCACCAAUGCACCAUAUGUCCUCAUUGGGACCGGAGCCACCAUCGUUAUUUUUGGGCUGUUCGGUUGCUUCGCUACAUGCCGCGGCAGCCCAUGGAUGCUCAAACUGUAUGCCAUGUUUCUGAUCUUGGUGUUCCUGGCGGAGCUUGUGGCAGGUAUCUCAGGCUUUAUCUUCAGACACGAGAUUAAAGCCAAAUUAGGCACGGCCUAUGAAAAUGCUGUGAAGACCUACAACAGCACUGACGGCGGCAGCAGCAGCACUGCAGUGGACACCAUCCAGAAGGCUCUGCAUUGCUGCGGGGUGAAAAAUUACACCGACUGGAGCGACACGGCUUACUUUAAAGAGAAGGGCGUCCCUGCCAGCUGCUGCAAAGACGACCUCAAGUGCUCACCCGAGUCCCUGAAAGACCUCGACAAGGCUGAGAGUGAAGUGUACACGACGGGCUGCUUCGCUAAAGUGACAAGUACAAUGGAGGCCAACCUGGGAAUCAUUGCAGGGAUCUCCUUUGGGAUUGCAUUCUUCCAGCUCAUUGGGAUUUUCUUGGCUUGCUGCUUGUCCCGAUACAUCACCAACAACCAGUAUGAGAUGGUCUAACUGUGACCUGUCGCAGGUCACUGGUGUGCUGCUCCUGGUGAAAACGGACUAAAACGAAUCUCCUGUGAUUUUUUUAUAUUGUGCGUGUGUGUAUGUGUGCUAGUUAUUAUCAUUUUAGCAAGGGAAAAACACUUCCAGUAUCAAGUGUCAUCGAUGACAAAAUGUAGGGAAAAAAUGUAACAGGAGAAUCAGAAAGGGACAAAACCCGCAGCGUAGUUCGACGAAAGAGAAAAGGGACCUGGACACUUCGGAGGUCAGCGAUACUCCUCGGACUCAAUUAGGGAAUUUUCAUUAAGAUAUAGAUUAUCCUUUUUUUUUCGUUUGAGUUAAUGAACUCAACCAGUUUCUCUCUGUGUGUUGCAGCUGCCUUAUUUUGUAAUGUUGCUAUAUUUAGUCUGUAGCAAAUCAAACGUAGAUGACGAGCUGAUAAAUGUGCAGGUUCUCUCAACACUAAGUGAAUUUGUCUGUGAAACCGAUUUAGCCCGGGAGAUGGACAAGAGGUCGCCACUCUGAAAUCAAAUACGUGUGACUUGCAGUAAGGUCUGAGGGGGGAGUGUGGAAAACAGGCCUUGCUAAUGGUUGUGUAGGCCAGUAUUGUUGAGAGCCUGUAUUCAUGUGUACCCAGCCACCUUCAUUUCAAAGUUCUCAGUGUUUCAGUUGUUAUUCGUCUGUUGAUGCAUGUGAAAUACUUGAAAAAAUUUAAAUAAAGAUGAAAUCCAGUAUCUUGACCAAA